AUGGUGGAAAGCGUUCUCGACGACAUCUCACACCGGAGGUUCAACCCUCUCCGGGGAUCUUACAUCCUAGUUUCUCCUCACAGGACUAAGCGCCCGUGGCAAGGACAGCAGGAGAGCCCCUCCAAGACCACCUUGCCCGCUUAUGACCCUGCUUGCUAUCUCUGCCCAGGUAACAAGCGCGCGCAGGGAGACACCAAUCCCAAGUAUGAGAAGACGUUUGUCUUUGUCAACGACUACAGCGCCGUCAAGGAGGAGCAGGCUUCUUAUAACCCUGAGGGCGGAGAUAGUGCCGAGUCAUUCUUUCUCAAGGCGGAACCUGUGACGGGCAAAUGCUAUGUGUUGACCUUUUCUGCGGCCCAUAACCUCACCCUGGCAGACUUGUCGCCUGCCGAGAUUGUCCCUGUCAUUGACGCAUGGACCGAGAUCUACUCGGCCCAUUUAUCGCCCAAGUCUCCUCUGGCCGCCGUGGCUCCUGCGACCACACUCCCUCCCAACUCCCCAUUCGCCAGCUUGUCCAAGCCCAAGGAGCAAUACCGGUACAUGCAGAUCUUCGAGAACAAGGGUGCUGCUAUGGGCUGCUCGAAUCCCCACCCCCACGGUCAGGUCUGGACCACCAGCUCGCUGCCUGAGGAGCCAGCGAUGGAACUGGAGCAGCUGAAGAAAUACCGACGGGAGCACCAAGGCAAGCAUAUGCUGGAAGAGUAUGCCGCCCUGGAAAGCCGGAAGCAGGAGCGCGUCGUGUUUGAGAACCAAGCGUUCCUGGUCGUCUGCCCGUGGUGGGCAACCUGGCCGUUCGAAACCAUGAUCGUCAGCAAGAAGCACAAGCGCGCGCUCGUUGACCUCAAUGAGAACGAGAAGGCCCAGCUGGCCGAGGCCAUCGCCGAGAUCACCAGACGGUACGAUAACCUCUUCGAGACGCACUUCCCUUACAGCAUGGGCAUUCACCAGGCGCCGCUCGAGGGCACCGAUGAGGAAAUCGAGUCUUCGUACCUGCACCUGCAUUUCUACCCUCCACUGCUGCGCAGCGCAACCGUGCGGAAAUUCUUGGUCGGCUAUGAGAUGAUGGCCGAGCCUCAACGUGAUAUUACCCCUGAACAAGCCGCUGCGAGAUUACGCGGUUGCGGAGGAGAGUUGUACAGGAAGAAGAUGGACGGAUGA